AUGCAAUGGCAAUUAUUUUCUUCUAGAUUAGGUGGCAGAUACACAGCAACUGAGGCAUUAGAAAAGCACCAAGAGUGUCUGAAGAAGCAAAGGGAAGCAGUGAAAUACAGACUGAAAAAACUGGCAGCGCGGCAAUCAGAAAUCACAAAAAAGUCCUCGGUGAUAAGGGAGAGCAUCAUUCGGAAAUAUCAGGAGAUCCAGGCCAUCCUGGAUGAGGACCUGAGGAUUACCCUGUCCCACCUGGAGAUGGAGGAGCGGGCUGCUGUCUCUGCAUUGGAUGGGCUGAUGGAAAGGAACUGUUAUUUAAUCCAGGAGAUAGAGCAGGACCUGGCCAGACUCACUGUGACACUGGACCAGACUGACACAGAGCCUGAUACAAUGGUGAUUAAAGUCCGGCAGACCAAACUGGUGGAUGUGCUCAACAGGACAGACCCGAUCAGUGUGAGCCUGGACGAAGUUAAAGCUGACCAGAUCCUCAGCCUCACCAACAACAUGCUUCUGCUGAUCUGCUCGCAGACCCCGAUAAUCAAGAAACUCAUCAAGAGUUAUUCUAGUGAGGUGUGUCUGGAUCCAGAGACGGCCCACCCAAAGCUGAUCAUCUCCCCCAAAGGUGACAGUGCCACCUACACAGACACCUGGCAGCAACUUCCUGACCUCCCUGGACGCUUUGACACCACCCUCAAUGUCAUCAGCUUGCAAGGCUACAGCUUUGGUCGCCAUUACUGGGAGAUUGAUGUGACUGGCAAGACUUACUGGGAGCUGGGUGUCACCUAUCCCACCAUUCCCCGCAAGGGCACCACUGAGGACUGCUGGCUGGGCCGGGGGGACGAGUCCUGGUGUGUGGAGUUCUUUGAUGGGGAGUACACAGCUUGGCAUGGAGGGGUGCCCCAUCAGCUGCCUUUCACAAGACGUUUCCGUCAGAUUGGUGUGUUGUGUAAUUUCCCUGCAGGAUUGGUGACGUUUCUCGAGGCAGACAACAUGACGCCGCUGUUCUCCUUCUGUGCAGGAACCUUCUCAGACUGCCUCCACCUGGCCCUGUGUCCUGGUCAUGACCACAAUGGCACCAAUUCUAAGCCUAUGGCAAUCUGUAACGCUCCAUCUCCUACCAGGGAUUAG